UGCCGCUCUAGCCGGCGGCGGAGCCGGCAGUUCCUCGGCGGUGCCCGUCGCGUUGCCCAGGGAACGGGCUCCCGGCAGUCCCCGCGGCCCGGAGUCCAUCCCCACCUCCUCCGGCCCUGCCGGGCCGAAGAGUCCGGAGGGGCUGCCGCGGGAGCCCCAGGUUUCCCCAGAUGCCGGUUAAGAUCCCUCGUCCUGCCUGAAGAUCAGCGGUGGAGACCUUGGCCAUGGCGUCUGUGUCGGAGCCUGUCACCUUCAGAGAGUUCUGCCCGCUGUACUAUCUGCUGAAUGCCAUCCCCACGAGGAUCCAGAAGGGGUUCCGCUCGCUGGUGGUCUACCUCACGGCCCUCGACACCAACGGCGACUACAUCGCGGUGGGCAGCAGCAUCGGCAUGCUCUACCUGUACUGCCGGCAGCACGGCCAGAUGAGGAAGUACAACUUCGAGGGGAGAACCGAGUCCAUCACGGUGGUGAAGCUGCUGAGCUGCUUCGACGACCUGGUGGCCGCAGGCACAGCCUCUGGGAGGGUUGCAGUUUUUCAGCUUGUAUCCUCGCUGCCAGGGAGAAAUAAACAGCUUCGGAGGUUUGACGUCACUGGCAUUCACAAAAAUAGCAUAACAGCUCUGGCUUGGAGCCCCAAUGGGAUGAAACUGUUCUCUGGAGAUGAUAAAGGGAAAAUCGUCUAUUCUUCUCUGGAUCUAGAUCAGGGCGUCUGCCGCUCGCACCUGCUGCUGGAGGAGCCGGCCUCCAUCGUGCAGCUGGACUACAGCCAGAAGGUGCUGCUGGUCUCCACGCUGCAGCGGAGCCUGCUGUUCCACACCGAGGAGCGCUCCGUGCAGCAGGUCGGGGCACAGCCGCGGAGAAGCACUGGGAAAUUUGGUGCCUGCUUCAUACCAGGACUCUGUAAGCAAAGCGAUCUAACUUUGUACGCAUCCCGGCCUGGGCUCCGGCUGUGGAAGGCUGACAUCCACGGGACUGUCCAGGCCACGUUUAUCUUAAAAGACGUCUUCGCCGGAGGAGUCAAGCCUUUCGAGCUUUAUCCACGCCUGGACUCUGCCGCGCGGGGAGGGUGCAGCUCACCUGAGAAGCACUUGGGGCUCGUGUCGUGUUUCUUCCAGGAAGGUUGGGUGUUGAGUUGGAAUGAAUACAGUAUUUACCUUCUGGACACCGUCAACCAGGCCACAAUUGCUGGUUUGGAAGGAUCAGGUGAUAUUGUGUCUGUUUCCUGCACAGAAAAUGAAAUAUUUUUCUUAAAGGGAGACAGGAACAUUAUACGAAUUUCAAGCAGGCCUGAAGGACUAGCAUCAAUAGUUAAACCAGCUUCUUUACCAGUGCGGGAUGGUCUGGAGACAUCAGCGUGCUCAGAGCAAGUCCAUGGGCCGCGUGCAGAGAAGCUGCCGGCGGCCACACCUUCUGAGACGAGGCUCCGAGGCUCUUCAGUGGCCAGCUCCGUGGCCAGCGAGCCCAGGAGCAGGAGCAGCUCGCUCAACUCCACGGACAGUGGCUCCGGGCCUCAGACAGCCCCCGAGCUGGGCAGGGGCGGCCCGCUCACCUCGAAGAGGUUCAGUGUGAUCAGCUCGGAGGACUUCGACCAGGAGCUCGUGGUGAAGCCUCUCAGAGUGAAAAAGAAGAAGAGGACGAAGAAGACAGUAGAAGGUGGGAGCAGCACCACGGGCCCCAGCUCCCUUGAGUCGACCCCCGGCUGUGAGUGUCCUGGGGACAGCCCCCAGUCCGUGAGCAUGGACCUGCCAUCAGUGGCCUCCAGCUUGGGCAGCAUCGUGGACCGGUCCAGCACAGGGUCUCCUGACCAGGAGAGCAGUCUCAGCGGGGAGGCCGCUGGUGUGCUGCCGGAGUAUAGCGACCCUGAGGCAUUCAGUGUCCUGGAGGUGCCCCUGCCUGCCCCUGACCUACUAAACCGAGGCGGUGACAGGAGAGCUGAAAUCCCCUUGGAUGACGGCGAGGGCGGGACAGAGUUGCCUGCUGGGGUGGUGAGCUCCUCCUGGCACCCGCCGGAGCUCGUGGAGGGCUCUGAGGACAUCGUGGAGCUGGAGGAGGAGCCUCGUCCCGCGGACGGUGGGCCGGGUGGCGCGGCGGAGGCCCGAAGGGAGAGGGCCGUGCAGCCUGACGGCCCCCAGGGCGCUUUCUCAGAAGCCUGCAUCCUGGACUCGGCGCCAGUGCCUUCCCACCUCAGCUGGGCCCCCAGUGCAGAGCAGCAGCUUCCGGGGGCCACGGCUGACGAAGGCAGAGCUGAGGAGCCUCCCGAAGAGCAGGGCUUCCUGACGCACGUGGGAGCCCCCCACCACCUCAGCCUGAGUCCCUGGCACGGUGCUCCUGAUGCUGACACGGGCCAGACGGCGGUUGUCACUUCCGAGCGUGACCUGGGCGGGGGAGGCCAACCGCCUCCCUGGGCCUCAGCCUCAGCAGCCGGUGCCCAGGAGCAGACCCCACGGGACCAGGUGCUGACCUCCAGCGAUGAGGAGGACAUCUAUGGCCACGGGCUGCCCUCUUCGUCCUCGGAGACGAGUGUGACGGAGCUGGGAGGGGGCCGCUCCCUGCAGGACCUGAGGCAGCUGGGCGCAGACGACCCUGGGCUGCUCAAGGCCGAUCAGUUUGCAGAAAGCUGGAUGGGCUACUCCGGGCCCGGCCAUGGCAUCCUCAGCUUGGCGGUCUCUGAGAAGUACCUCUGGUGCCUGGACUACAAAGGCGGCCUGUUCUGCAGCGCGUUGCCAGGCGCUGGGCUGCGCUGGCAGAAGUUCGAAGAUGCCGUCCAGCAGGUGGCAGUCUCGCCCUCAGGCGCCCUUCUUUGGAAGAUUGAACAGAAGUCUAACCGAGCCUUUGCGUGUGGAAAAGUGACCAUCAAGGGGAAACGCCACUGGUACGAAGCUCUGCCCCAGGCGGUGUUUGUGGCCCUGAGCGACGACACGGCCUGGAUCAUCAGGACCAACGGGGACCUGUACCUGCAGACAGGUCUCAGCGUGGAUCGCCCCUGCGCCAGAGCCGUGAAGGUCGACUGUCCGUUCCCGCUGUCCCAGGUCACUGCCCGCAACAGCGUGGUGUGGGCGCUGACGGAGCAGCGAGCCCUCCUGUACCGGGAGGGGGUGAGCAGCUUCUGCCCCGAGGGGGAGCAGUGGAAGUGCGACAUCGUCAGUGAGAGGCAGGCUUUGGAGCCCGUCUGUAUAACUCUCGGGGACCAGCAGAGCCUGUGGGCCCUGGACAUCCGAGGAAACCUGUGGUUCCGGACUGGGGUCGUUUCCAAGAAACCCCAAGGAGACGACGGCCACUGGUGGCAAGUGAGCAUCACGGACUACGUGGUGUUCGACCAGUGCAGCCUGUUCCAGACCAUCAUCCACGCCACGCACUCGGUGGCCACAGCGGCCCAGGUGCCCGUGGAGAAGGUGGCGGACAGACUCCGCACAGCGUUCUGGUCCCAGCAGCUGCAGUGCCAGCCGAGCCUGCUGGGCGUCAACAACAGCGGCGUCUGGAUCUCCUCGGGCAAGAACGAAUUCCACGUCGCUCGAGGGAAUCUCAUCGGCACUUACUGGAAUCAUGUUGUUCCCCGGGGGACCGCCUCUGCCACAAAGUGGGCCUUUGUGUUGGCAUCCACUGCCCCCACCAAGGAAGGAAGCUCCCUGUGGCUGUGCCAGAGCAGCAAGGACCUGUGUCGUGUGAGUGCCCAGCACGCCCAGUCCCGCCCGUCCACCGUGCAGCUGCCCCCCGACGCCGAGAUGAGGGCCUACGCUGCCUGCCAGGACGCCCUGUGGGCGCUGGACAGCCUCGGCCAGGUGUUCAUCCGGACACUGUCCGCCAGCUGCCCCACGGGCAUGCACUGGGCCCGGCUGGACCUCUCCCAGCUAGGAGCUGUGAAACUGACGAGCCUGGCCUGUGGCAACCAGCACGUCUGGGCCUGUGACUCCAGGGGUGGCGUUUACUUCCGUGUUGGCACCCAGCCGCUGAACCCCAGUCUGAUGCUUCCGGCCUGGAUAGCGAUUGAGCCACCUGUCCAGAUCCCACGCGUAAGCAGUACCAUAGGAAAUUUGUCUGUGUCUUCACUCCCUUCACUCAGUAUGACGAUCUCUAGGUCCAUUCACGUUGCUGCAAAAGGCAUUAUUUUGUUCUUUUUUAUGGUGAGUAAUAUCCCAUUGUGUAUACGUACCACAUCUUCUUGAUCCAUUCCUUCGUCAGCGGACAUUUAGGUUGCUUCCGUGUCCUGGCUAUUGUAAACAGGGCCGCAGUGAACCUUGGCGUGCAUACAUCCUUUCAAAUUAUGGUUUUCUCCCGGCAUAUGCCUAGGAGUGGGAUUGGUGGGUCAUGUUGUAGCUCCAAUUUUAGUUUUUUGUAUAGUGCCUACACCAAUUUACAUUUCCACUAACAGUGUGGGAGGGUUCCUUUCUCUCCACACUUUCUCCAGCAUUUAUUCUUUGUAGGUUUUUGACGAUGGCCAUUCUGGCAGGUAUGAUGUGGUACCUCACUGUAGUUUUGGUUUGCAUUUCUCUCAUAAUUAGUGGUGUUGAGUGUCUUUUCACGUGCUUUUUGGCCGUCUGUAUGUCUUCAGAGCAUGUGGUCUUACCACAACUAACUUAGCAGCUAUAGUCCAAAUUCUUGGGACAUCUACUAGAUGAGAAGCUCGGAGUCAGGCCGACAAGUAUUGUAUGUAACUGGAUGCCAGGGAACACAGAAUCUGUCACACUUCUAGUACAUGUUAUCGAGGCUCAGGAGUAUCUUCUUGGCACUUGGCAAUUAAUAUGAAUCCCGUCACCCGAGAGCAGUCACCCUGGGCCCCAAGCCGGGGCGCACAGUGGCAGGACCUUUGGAGUCCUGGUUUGGGAACAGUCUGUCACUGAGAACUUCACCCCUUAGCCUCAGUGUCAGGUCUAGUCAGGAUCUCAGUAUGUAAAGUGAAUUCUAGGGAAUAAAGGGUAAUGGCUUAUCCUGUAACACGGAUGACUCGGCGUAAAUGAAAUGUGGUGUUUCUUGUUGGUAAUUAUUAGUGAUGAGUGUUUAUCUCUUGAGAACACGGGACAGCAGCUUGAUGUGUUGACGGGCGUGAACAGCCCCUUUGAUUUGUAAACAGCAGAGUGUGUUGGUGGCUGUAAUCUGGGUGCUUCCAGAAAGCGGGUGUGGCCCCCCCCAUCACCCGCCCUGCAGCUGCUCUUUAAAGGGCACCUAAAACUAAGAAGCAGGCGCACACCCACACACAUACUCACACAUGUACAUACACACACACAUUCUGUCGCAGUCUUUGGAAGCACACCAAGAUUAUACAUUUUUUUUUUUUUUUUAGCAUUUCCAAAUGAUUUUUAAAUCUUAAAUUCCUUAUUUACUCCAUUUUAUAAAACAGCAUCCUUCUUUUCUCUUUUUUCAUUUUUGUGGUUUUGAAUAUGAAUAUACCAAAAUUUAAGGCUGCCUGUUGCUUUUCCUCAUUGAAAUUUUUAUUGCAGUAAUUGCAGAUUCACAGGCCUCUGUGAGAAAUCAGACCCUGUGCACCUUCACCCAGUGCCUCGCAGCUGAUGACAUUCUGCGUAACGAUAGUACAUGGUUACAACCGAGGCCUGUCUGCUUUUUAUUUUUUUUAAAAGUGUGGUAAAAUACACAUAUGUAAGACUUACCAUCUGUGACAUUUGGUACAUUCACAACAUUAUGUAAUUUCUGUCACUGCAUCUUAUCGGGACGGCUUCAUCGUCCCAGAGGGAUGCCCUGUGCCGAGUGGAGUCCUCCCGCCCCCUGGCCCCUGACAAGCACGCGUGUGCAUCUCUCCGUGUGGAUUUCCCGCUCCUGGAUGUUUCUGUUAAAGGAGCCAUACAACACGUGGCUUCGCGAUCGGCUUCUCGCAUCAAGCGUCCUGUUCUCGAGAUGCAUCCGUGUGGUAUCGGUCAGUACCGCCUCCGUCUCUGUUGCCGAGUGCCCUUCCGUCUUGGGUGAGGCCACACUCUGUCCCCUGCUCAUCACCUGGUGGACGUGUGCGUUGUCUCCACUUCGGGCUCUUGCCAAGAACGUUGCCGUGAACACUGGGGUAGCUGUUUGAACAUCUGCUCCAGUUCUUGGGGUGUCUGUCUAGGAGCAGGAUUUCUGGGUCCCAGGGGAAUUCUGUGUUUAGCCUUUGGAGGAACUGCCAAAGUGUCUUCGACAGCAGCUGCACCGUUUUACCUCCCCAGCAACAUAUAUGAGGGUUCGUGUUUCCCCACAUCCUUACUAACACUUUUUUUAGCCAUUCUGAGUGUGAAGUGGAACCUCAUUGUGGUCUACGUCCCUGGUGACUGAUGACGUUCAGCCCCUUUUCAUGUCUUUUUGGCCAUCUGUAUAUCUUUGAAGAAAAGUCCACUCAUGUCCUUUGCUCUUUUAAAAAUUCAGUUGUUUGUCUUUUUGUUGUUGAAUUUUAAGAGUUCUUUAUUCUGGAUACUAGACCCUUAUCGGGUAUAUGAUUUGGAAAUAUUUUCUCCUAUCUGUUGGUUUUUUCACUUUCUUUACGGUGUUCUUUGAUGUACAAGUUUUUAAUGUUGAGGAAGUUCAGUUUAUCUUUUUUGUUAUUGGUGCCUAUCUAAGAAACCAUUACGAGAUUUAGCUCUUAUGUUGAUCUUUGAUCCAUUUCAGGUUAUUUUUAUAUACGGUGUGAAGUAAGGAUCCAACUUCGUUCUUUUAUGUGUCUGCUCUCCACUUGUCCCAGUACCAUUUGUUGAAGACCGAUCUUUUUAUUGAAUAAUCUUGGCAACCUUGCCAAAAAUCACUUGACUAUAUGGAUUUCUGAAUUCUCAAUACUGUUGCAUUGAUUUACCUGUUUGUCCUUAUGUCAGUAUGACAGUUUAAUCACUGUGGUUUUAUAGUAGUUUUGAAAUUCCAAGCAUAUUCUUUUUUUAAUACUUAACUUUAUUUAUUUGGCUGCACCGGGUCUUUGUUGCAUCACACAAGAUCUUGCGUUGAGGCGCACAGACUCCAGUUGCCGCAUCGGGCUCAGUAGCUCUGGCACACGGGCUUAGGUGCUCCACACCCUGUGGGAUCCUAGUUCCCCAACCAGGGAUCGAAUCUCCAUCCCCUGCACUGCUAGGCAGAUUCUUGCCUGGACUACCAGGGAAAUCCCCAACUGUGUUCUUCUCUGAGAUUGUUUUGACUGUUCAGGGUCCCUUGCAAUUGCAUGUGAAUUUUAGGAUCAGCUUUUCCUUUCUCUGCGAACCCUCUGCAGUUUUUGAUAGGGAUAGCAUUCAGACCUGUAGAUGGCUUUGAGUGGUAUUGCCUUGCCUGCUUCUGCACCAUAGAGCAGAGCGGUGUUUUACAGAAGGCUACAGCCCACGUCGCCUGGAGAGCUUGUGCGAGAGGUCCCUCUUGGGCUCCAGCCCCAAAGUCUGAUGUGGAAGGUCUGACCCCCGGCCCAGAAGGGUGCCGAUUUCACAAAGUCCGCACAUGAGUCCCCGGGACUCCAAGCUUUGAGAACCACUGUGGUCUUACUCAUCUUCCUCAGGAGGGUCUGGGGUUCAGCAGGAGCGAGCCUCCCAGUUUGAGAUGGCCAGCUCGCGGGAGAGCAGUCUUCACAGCCACCUCCUGUUCAGCCCCUCUCGGCACUCUGGCCCUGUUUGACCACGGGAGUCAGAUGAUUGAAACUUGUUCUAGUGACUUUUGUGAAGCAACCUCUGCCGGGCUGUGUUCGGGAGCUCUCGGGGCAGGUGGCCGAGGGUGGGUGUCCUUCAUGGACUCUCGCUGGGCAGGCGUCUGUCUACUCGCUGCUGCCUCCAGCUUAACCCCUCUUCUCAUGGAGGCCGGGGCGGUGUGCCCGUCAGACCUGCACUGAGUCCUCCAUUCAGCUGGGAGGCCUUCUUAUCAUCGCGUCUUGUUUCUUGCCAUCUGCCCUCGGAUGUGUUUCCAAACCUCUGUCUGUCUGAAUACCUCCAAUCUCAGAGCCCUGGAGAGGCUGUCCACAUUCUGGUUCUCAACAGGCUGCUCACACCAGCCACCCAUAGAGACGGCCUUUGAGAUGCCUCACUGGGCAUUCUGGUUGUGUCAUGCAGGUAGGGUGGGGGGUGUUCGUUGAAGACACUUUUGUUCAGUUGUUAUGCCAUGUCCAACUCUCGGCAACCCCAUGGACUGCAGCAUGCCAGGCUUCCCUGUCCAUCACCAUCUCCUGGAGCUUGCUCAAACUCAUGUCCAUUGAGUCGGUGAUGCCAUCCAACCAUCUCAUCCUGUCGACCCCUUCCCCUCCUGCCUUCAGUCUUUCCCAGCAUCAGGAUCUUUUCAAAUGAGUUGGCUCUUCGCAUCAGGUGGCCAAAGUAUUGGAGCUUCAGCUUCAGCAUCAGUCCUUCCAGUGAAUAUUGAGGACUGAUUUUCUUUAGGAUGGACUGGUUUGACCUCUUUGUUGUCCAAGGGACUGUCACGAGUCUUCUCCAGCCCUGCCUCGGCCGGUUCGCGGACAGUGGCCAAUAUAGACCGUGGUGCUGCUGGCACGCAGGGUGAUACAGGUGCAGCCUGCCCGCCUGGCGGGGGGGCCUGGGACGGCCGAGCCACCGCCCCUGCAGCGGGACCCCCUGGCCGGGGCCACGCUUCUUCUGUUUCCCACGGGAGCACGAGUUCUUUGGGAACAGGGAUGCAGGGGCACCUCUACCUCCAGGAUGUGUUCCCGCAGGCGGCUGGGGAGCCCGAGAGGCCCAGCGUGCUAGUUCACCUGUCGGCAGCCGGCUGCUGCCAGGUGCUUGACGCCCUGGAAGACCGUGAGCGCCACUACCACACUCCACACGGACACGCCUGCCC